UCCAAUUCAAACGGUAAAAUAAGUAAAUAACAAUAACCCCAAAAAUUUGAAUCUUACGAUUUUCUCUCUCCUCCACAAAAAUGGCGAUGGAAAUUGAAAAAGGUACAUCAGAAUCAGAUUUUCCUUACUGGGAAUCUAUUCGUCGCAAGUUCGAUCCUGAUUCGCCCUUUUUCACUUCCGGCAACGUUGAGCGACAACUUCUUGCCAAACAGAUUGCAUUGGACUUGGGUGUAGAUGAAAAGCAACAACUUCUUGACUUGGAAGAUUUUGGGAGGGAUAUAUUCUGUCCUAUAGCUGGCUGUGGUUCCUGGUUAAAGUCAUUAGAGGGCUUUGAGGAUCACUAUAAUGCAUGCCAUACUGCAUCCUGUUCAGUGUGCCGUAAGGCAUAUCCAACACAACGACUGCUUAGCAUACAUGUGUCUGAAAUGCAUGAUUCUUACUUCAAGGCCAAAGUUGCAAGGGGUUAUGCCGAGUACGAGUGCUUGGUUGAAACUUGUGGGUUGAAAUUCAAAAGUGACAGAGACCGACAUCAACAUCUUGUGGACAAACACAAAUUUCCUAUUACAUUUGAGUUUCAUAAGAAAACGCAUCUGUCCAAGAAACAGAGACAGAAACACUGGCAUAAACAAGCUCUCUACAAGGAGGAAGCUUCAGAUGCAAUGCUGUUAGAAGAUCAGGACACCUUGGAAAGCCUUACUUCUGCUAUCUCCCAAUUAAGUACUUCUGACUCUGUGCCUUCAUCCAUCAGUUUUGGCCGUCGCCACAGCCGUGGUUUGACCUUUGUCCCUCGGUCUGUUCAACGAGAGAGAAGGCCGGGAACAACGAAUAGAUAGAACACUAACGAACAAUGAUGCUACUCUAUCAUUGUUCUCAGUGAUUUAUCCUCUUUCCUGGGGUUAUAUAUCUCGUUCAUAGAACAUAUUUUGUGCAAACCCAGAUAUUAGAUAUAUGCGGAGAAUAUAAGCUGCUUAACAUGGCUAAGCCUCUUUUGCCUGUAAGAAUCGUGCACUUCAAUUAGUUGUAAACUAAUAUUCAGUCUCA